AUGCACGCCAACUACCUCACCAUCCUCGCUGCUACUGCCGCUACAGGCGUCUCCGCUGGUAACGUUCAGCAUGUCGACGUUGUCCACAUCCUUGAGACUCUUCACGUCGACAACCACGUCCCCAGCUUUUCCCACAACAAGCGCAACCUCAACGCUAUCUUCGCCCGCGACUCCAAGGACGAAGAGUGUCUAAGCACAGCUAAUUCCAUCGUGCGAAACCUGCCUACCCCCACAGGCGAUCUCUCCAGCUGGGCCGUUGGUCAGGGCUCCAAGACCGACGAAUGCACUCUCACGGCUCCUUCAUCUCUCUCCUCAGACUUGAUGAAGUACUACACGGCGUUGGCUAGCUGGGAGAUGGACAACCAGAAGAACCUGGUCGACUUUAUCAAGGAGUGCGCUACCCAAGAUCAGCUUGAUGACAUCAAUAAGGAGCUCGGCGGCGGAUCAUGCUCUGACGCUGCUGUUGUCUUCACUGGUGCUAGCGCUACUGAGACUGUUAUGAUGCAGACUGCUCUGCCCAACUAUACGCCUGCCCCUGCACCCACCGAGGUCAAUGCCGCCGCUGCUCACGGUAUCAGCCAGCUUGCUGCUCUUGCUGCUGCCGGUGUCGCUGCUUUCAUGAUCGCUGCUUAA